AUCCGAAUCCCGAGGAGCAUUUACACGAGACCGCAAAAGAGGGGUUAUUAUGUUCAAUAGAAACAGUGUCUGUUGGUGACAUUCACAAUGUUAAAGGAUGUUACUUCAACAGUUUUUGAUUCGGAUGCUGGAUUUAUCAUUCGUACAUACAGUCUAUUGGAUUUUGAAAACUAAGCCAGUUAUAUUUAGCGAAGACGUUGAACUAUUUUGCAAUUAUAACAAGACAACCAAUCAUAGCUGUGACGAAUGUACAAAAAGAUGGCAUUUAUAUCUGGCGUCUGAUUUCAAACUGUUAUCGUUUAAUGGGUUUCCAUCUGAAAGUUCAAAAUACAACACUACAGAGAGCCCUGGUGGGUUUGGCUUGGUAAUUAAAAACUUCAGCGAGCAAGACUUAAAAGGUUCAUAUAGAUGUUCUUAUGGAUUUGAAAAUGAUAGAAAAUACCUCGACAUUGGAAAUGAUUAUGAAUACUAUCCCAUGAAUAAUACACUAGACAGUCGAUAUUCUAUCAACGAUCACAAAACUUUGACUAUUCGAGUUGAUUUUAAAGAAGUUCAUCCAUAUCCAAACUGCACUAUUUCUUUUCACAGUAAAGAUAUAACUUCAGAUGUGAUAGCAGAGUCUGAAGUUAUCCAGCUGUUUUACAGAGUUACGUUUACUUUGAGUUCAAACAUUGAAGAUUAUGGAUUUUGUAAAGGCGACUUACACAUGAUUUGUUUGAUAGGGUCCAAGCAGAUUGAUCCAAUAAAGACAACCUUCGAUGAAUGUUUGGAAAAUAACAGACAGUGGGCAAUUAUUGGUGGCCCAAUAGCAUGUGUAUCCAUAUUUGUAAUUACUUGUAUUGUGAUAUGUAGGAAUACACGCUGUAGAAACAGAUUUAAAGAUGCCUUACCAUGUAAAAUGUGUACAGGAGAAACAGAUUAUGAAAUUACUGAAUUACAGGAAAUAAGACCAGAGCCAAUUAGUUUACAUAGAACUGAGUUUGUUGAUGAACCGACCGUGCAAGACCCUCAUGGGUAGUCAAGGUCGUUAAAGACCCCCUCAUGGUCGUCGAUGAAAAAAGUAAAACAAUUGGUGAUAAGUUGCUUAAUGAGAAAACAGCAGUGCAGGAAUUUUAAAUCUAUUUUGCAAAUCUAUAGGACAAAUAAAACAAUUAUAGGGAUUUUCGUGCAUACAUUAUUAUGUUGCAGGUUUACUACUGAACAAAAGUUGGGACAUACAUUUCGUUUCAAUUCCACAAGUUUAUAUUUAGCAUAUUUAGUUAUUUUCAGACUUCAGGAAUUGUUUGCAGAGCUUCUACAUCUGUCAAGGCACAUAUUUUGUAUUUAAACAUAAAUUUAUUUUAUAGUCUCUGAUUUUAGCAAAACGUAUAGAGUGAGCUUUUCCAAUUGUUUCUCAAGUCUCUCGUCUGCCCUCGUCUGUUUAGUUUUACAAAAAAAUGUUUUCCUCUGAUACUACAGGGUCAAAUGGAAUCAAACUUGGCCAGAAUCAUCCUUAGGGAAUUUAGAGUUUAAAAAUUGUGUCCGAUGAUCCUGUCUGUCGACCAACAUGGCUGCCAAGGCUAAAAAUAGAACAAAGGGGUAAAAUGCAAGUAUUGUCUAUUAUCUUGUAAACCGUUAUAAACGGAGAAAGUCUGAUAGAACAAAAAUGUUCAAAAUGUCUAGAACUAUCUUCCAUUCAUUCGUCCAAAACUGUCAGACGUCCCCUGAUAAGAGUUGUUGCCCUUAAAUGACGAUUUUUAUUUUUACCUUUUUUGGGGCGAUUUUGGGUGUUAUCUGUAAAACUAUAAGAGAAAGAGGGAAACUGUAAAUCCCAAAAAUUAUCUGCAAAUAAGUUUGCAUAACCGAAAUCGUCAGUUGACUUCUUUUAUGAGUUAUUGAGCUUGAAAGAUGAUUUUUUUAUCAAAUUCACAUGGUCGAAAUCGACAGUCACAUUAUUAAAGGAGUUAUUGCCUUGAACAGUCCUUUUUUGCCCCUUUUUGUCUCGCCUUGAAGGAACCACUAAUGGUAGGUCAAUGAUAUUUGGUAUACAGUUGUAUUAGCAUUGACACAUCGCAUUUCCAUGGAGAUUAUUUGGUCCCUCUCCCUCAGUCAUGGUCUAUUGACUUUGAAACUUUUGCUUAGUUUACAUGUAUUAGUUUGUGAUUAUGUCAGUGUAUGGGGAACCACUGGUGAAAGGUCAAUGAUAUUUGGUUUGCAGUUGUAUAAGCAUUGGCACAUCUCAAUGCCAUAGAGAUUAUUUGGCCUCGAUCUCUCAGUCAUAAUCGAUUGACUUUGAAGCCUUUGCUUUGUUUGCAUUAUCAGUUUAUGAUUAGGUCAGUUUAUGGGGAACCCUAGUGGUAGGUUAGUGAUAUUUGAAAUGCAGUUGUAUUAACAUUGCAACAUCUCAUUUCCAUACUGCAUUUUACUAUCAAAAUAACAAAAAGGAUAGAAAUAUAUCUGUGUUAACAGUUUAUGUUUUUGUGUGUGUGGAAACUAUAGUGGAUAGAGAGACACUGUAUAGGGCAAAAAUUACCACAUAUUUAAAAGUAAAAUAACAAAAAUACCGAACUCAAAGGAAAAUUCAAAACGGAAAGUCCCUUAUCAAAUGGCAAAAUCAAAAGCUCAAACAGCUCAAACACAUCAAACGAAUAAAAACAACUGUCAUAUUUCUGACUUGGUACAGACAUUUCCUUAUGUAGAAAAAUGGUGGAUUAAACCUGGUUUUAUAGCUACAUAAACCUCGGUUUAUUCCCGAUUGUCCCACUUUCUAAAAUUUUAGAGUUCUGAUUGUCCCACAUGAAAAGUUAUGAUUGUCACACAUUAUUUUAUUAUGUAAAAUGUUCUUAAAUAAACAAGGUAGUUGUUGUUUGUUUUACUAAAUAAACAAGAAUUAAAACAUGUUUUUUUAAAUCAUCACAUUAACGCACUUUUGAUGAAAUAAUAUAAAAUUUCUGAGUUAUAAAAUAUAAUGUUACUCUUAUUUGUAAAACAAAUAUCAGUAUUGUAUUUUUAAUUACAUUUUUUUAUUAAAGUUUUUAAAUAAAUUUAAAAAUAUUACAUGCAAUGAUUCUAAAUGCUCCUGCGGUUCUCCUGUUGAAGAUGCCAUCCAUUACUUUCUAGAAUGCCAAUUAUUUUAUAAACAAAGAAUAUCUCUGGUUAAUGAUCUUAUACAUAUGAACAUACACAUUGAUACUGAAACGCUAUUGUUUGGAAAAGAUGCAUAUAAUUACGAAACUAACUCUAAAAUUUUUGAUAAAGUUCGUUAUUUCAUUAAACAGUCAAAAAGAUUUUAACGUUCUAAGUCAGCAGCUUUCUUUUUUCUCUCUGUCAUAUUUGCUUUUUUUUUGUUGCCAUGCCAAUGUGUGACUCCUUCCUUUAUUACUGUCGCUAUACUAUGUAUGUGUUUGCUGUCAUCAUAUAUGUGUAUUGUAUAUGUAAGGAGAUGACUUAAUAUAAGUUAUAACUUGUGUCCAAUCCUAUUGCUUGAUUAAUACAAUCAAAUAUUAUUAAAUUAAAAUGAAAUUAAAACGUCAGAUUAACCUGAACCCAACAACUUUCUUCAUUGAUUACGAAGCUGCUGUUCAGAAUUCUGCUAGAGCAUCCUUUCCAGGAAAAACUAUUGAAGGACAUUUUGUUUCACUAUACUCAGUGUAUUUGGCAAAAAGUGCAGUAAACUAGACUCGUCUCUUAACUAUAAAGGAGAACCAAACAUUCAUAAACUUAUACGGUCGGCAGCAGUUCUUCCUCUGGUACCACCUACAGAAAUAGACGACGUCUGGUUCCAUACACUUGAAGACCUGGAAAAUUCGGAUUCAACAGCAAAUAUCACUUCGUUUACGGAUAACGUCACAACAUACUGGGUUGAAAGCAACAGGCAGCUAUGGAACCAUUACCAAACCGAAGGACCAAGGACGAAAAACCACCUCGAUGGAUGGCACAGUAGCUUGAAGAAGAUGGUCUAAGUACCACACCCAAACAUAGUAUAAAAGAUACUGAACUAUCUUAAAGAAGAGCAGGCAGCAAACGAAAUGACUAUCAUUCAGUACCAAGAUUGGGGAGUAGGACCAACAUAUAGAACAAAAUACAAACACGUCAACCAAUGCCUACAGAAACCAUCUUCAGAAUAGUGAAGUUAUUGUGUUUCAGUAUGCUGACAUUGCUUCUGAUUUAUUUGUUACAUUUUGACUAAGUUUGUUGAAAUUAUAUGAUGUAUUGUGAUGUUUAAGUUAUGAAUUAUGUGUGCUUUAUUGUUGUACCUUAUGCAUUUUGCGUGCUUAAUAGUAUCUGCUCUUCGUGUCAUGUGUCAUGUGUGUGCUUUAAUGUAAUGAAUCAAUUUGUUUAUUGUGUGUACUUUAUUGUAUUUAGCUGUUUAUUAUGUGUGCUUAAGUGAAACUCUUUUUAUUAUAUAUCAAUGUAGAAUUGAGAAGUGCUUGAUAUGUGCUAUUUUAUGACUAAAUACAUAUUAUAGUCUGUGUUUGAUGAUACUUUGUUGCUAAUAUAUGCAAAAAAAAAAUGUAAAUAUUA